GAGAAGAAAACUUGCUGGCAAUUUUGAAAAGGAGAUGGUGGAAGUACAUGAUCCUGGGGAUAAUAGAUAUAGAAGCCAAUUACCUGGUAGUCAAAGCUUAUCAAUACACCACUCUUACUAGUGUACAGCUCCUAGACUGUUUUGUCAUCCCAGUGGUGAUACUGCUCUCCUGGUUCUUCUUAAUGGUACGAUACAAGGCAGUACAUUUCAUUGGGAUUGUGGUCUGCAUUCUGGGCAUGGGCUGCAUGGCAGGAGCAGAUGUCCUCGUUGGGAGACAGCAAGGAGCGGGUGAAAAUAAACUGAUAGGGGAUCUCUUAGUACUGGGCGGAGCAACACUAUACGGCAUCUCCAAUGUUUGUGAGGAGUAUAUUGUCCGAAAUCUGAGUCGAGUGGAAUUCCUGGGCAUGAUCGGACUCUUUGGCUCCUUCUUCAGUGGAAUCCAACUUGCAAUCAUGGAACACAAAGAGCUCUUGAAAGUUCCCUGGGAUUGGCAAAUAGGCUUGUUGUAUGUUGGCUUCAGCGCCUGUAUGUUUGGCCUCUAUAGCUUUAUGCCAGUGGUCAUAAAGAAAACCAGUGCUACUGCUGUCAACCUCUCCCUGCUCACGGCUGAUCUGUACAGCCUCUUCUGUGGAUUAUUCCUCUUCCAUUACAAGUUUUCAGGACUUUACUUGUUGUCAUUCUUCACUAUCCUUGUUGGGCUGGUGCUCUACUCCUCCACAUCCACCUACGUAGCCCAGGAUCCUCGAGUGUACAAGCAAUUUCGAAACCCUUCAGGACCUGUUGUAGACCUGCCAGCCACUGGCCAGCUGGAACCGUCGGUAACAUACACCAGCCUGGGGCAGGAGACAGAAGAGGAGCCUCACGUUAGAGUUGCUUAAUCCCAGGGCUGUUGAUCACCUACUGAUGAUUCAGUGGAGCUCGUAUAUCCAUUAUCUCUGUAUUGUACAUAGAGAAAGGUAUUUACCAGGUGCAGUUACACUGGUAAGCUGCAAGGUAGCAAAUAAGGAAAGCUCAUAAAAAUACAAAUUAAUUGUUCCAGGGUGCUCAUUGCAAGGAGAUGCCAGUCCCUCGUUUACAAAAUGAGCAGCACGUUUGCAAUACAAACUGCUUUAUAUGAAUCAGUUAAUUUCAAACUACCGGUGAAAGAUAUUCAAUAUAUAAGCUGAAAUUACAAAAAAGAAUUCACAGAAGGGUGUUUUUGCACCCACUGAAUGAUAUUAUGCCUAAGCCACAUCAGUUGUGGAAAACCCACCUUUUUAGAGCCAAUACACCUGUGCAGUCACUGUUAAUUUCUUUCUAAGAUUUGUUUGUUUGCACAAAAUAGAUGAGUUACUUGUGGUAGCAAGACCCUGACAUGUUUUUGCUAGCACCUUAGAUUUGGUGAGGGAAAGACAAAGAAUUCAUCUGUGCUAUCUGUCUAGUUGGCCUUUCUAGGUAAUCUGUUCCAUGCAUCCAGAGAAGGGACAACUUACAAUAUCCAUCUCUAUUCUAGGAAUAGGUAUAAGGCGAGCAUUUUAGCCUUUCUAUAUUUGCAGAAGUGAAGUACUCAAGAAUUGACCUCUCUGUGAUCCAUUGGCAGAUUUCCUAGUGGCUGAGGUUCUGCAUCAGGUGACAGGGAGUUAGUUUCUCUCUAGUCGUGACUUAACACAAAUUUCUUACUUUUUAAAUUUUACUCUGUAAAAAGAAGAACACAUUUUCUAGUUUGCUAUGUAUUGUACCUCUCCAUGGUAAGAUGACAAAUCACAUGGAUCAGGACACUUUUAGAUACUCAGCACAUCAGGGGCACCUUCUGCUGUUCCAGUUUGCAUAGUCUCCUGUGGUUCAUUAUUCUAACAAUAGCUAUUUAGAAAUGCAUCCGUUUUUCAGCAAGACCCACAAAUUGUAAAAAUCAGGA